AUGGAAACCGGGCGACAUCACACUCAUCAAAUCUCAGAGUGCUGCACCUGUGGUGGCAAUAAUCUGCUGGACUCAGGAGUGGAACUUUUAUGUUCUGCUCUUUGUCAUCAAAACUGCAAUCUGGAGGAACUACAGCUGCGUAGAUGUGGUCUGACCGAUAAGAGCUGUUCCUAUCUGGCCUCUGCACUGAAGACAUCACACUCAUCAAAUCUCAGAGUGCUGCACCUGGGUGGCAAUAAGCUGCUGGACUCAGGAGUGGAACUUUUAUGUUCUGCUCUUUGUCAUCAAAACUGCAAUCUGGAGGAACUACAGCUGAUUAACUGUGAUCUGACCGAUAAGAGCUGUUCCUAUCUGGCCUCUGCACUGAAGACAUCACACUCAUCAAAUCUCAGAGUGCUGCACCUGAGUUACAAUGAGCUGCUGGACUCAGGAGUGGAACUUUUAUGUUCUGCUCUUUGUCAUCAAAACUGCAAACUGGAGGAACUACAGCUGAUUAACUGUAAUCUGACCGAUAAGAGCUGUUCCUAUCUGGCCUCUGCACUGAAGACAUCACACUCAUCAAAUCUCAGAGUGCUGGACCUGAGUGACAAUAAGCUGCUGGACUCCGGAGUGGAACUUUUAUGUUCUGCUCUUUGUCAUCAAAACUGCACUCUGGAGGAACUACAGCUGCAGUUCUGUAAUCUGACCGAUAAGAGCUGUUCCUAUCUGGCCUCUGCACUGAAGACAUCACACUCAUCAAAUCUCAGAGUGCUGCACCUGAGGGCCAAUCAGAUGAGUGCAUCAGCUGUAGAGCCGCUCUGUGCUCUAGUGAAGGACCCACACUGUAAACUGGAGAAACUAAUAACUGAUCAUGGAACAGUAGAGUGUUGAGCCAUGACCCUGAGCUGGAUGGGGUCUGUGGGGCAGGAACUCAUGACAUGAGGAUGUGAUCCA